UUUCACUAGGUUGACAUUUCCAAACGCUACAAGUUCCGUAAGGGUUGCAGCUUGGCAUAUAUUUUUACGGUCAGUGCUCGAUCGAAACUUUGGUAUCUUCCCAACAUGGGUGUGCUGCGUGACGAAACGAAUAUAUUUUCUUAUGAAAGUUCUGGCGACGACUUAGAGAGAUUAGACAAUGAUGUUAGAGAAGAAGUGCUGGCAAAGGACUCUAAGCGUCAACGGAAACCAUUUAAUAAGAACAAAUUACUGCCAAGUAACCUGCAACUUGACAAUGGUCAUCCCGGAUCCAGAAAAAAGACAGGGGUCAAGAAGUCCAGGAGGUGUGAAAACAUGAAGCAUCUGUUGACUUUGGUGGAGAAGGAAGAUGACAUUGAACUAAGCAUGGAAGUGGGUGAACCCAGCAUGUCAGUGUUUGCUGAACUCUUUAUGGAGCAUGAGAAAAUGAAGGCAUGGAAAGAUUUCAUGAACAGCUCAGAGGAAGAGCAAGGUCGAAUUCUUCAGCAGGGAAGGGAAGGAAAAAGAAUGAAUGACAACAACAGGCACAUUGAAAAUGGAAAUGACCAGGAAGACCUCAAUGAUAGUAGUGAUAGUUGGGAGGAAAUACCAGACAACAGGGCUGUUCAUCCAGCCUAUACUGCAGAGGAGUGUUAUCAGAGACUUGACAGGAACAUCAGACAAAAUUUCAAACGACAUAGUGUUCCUGUGGGAAUACUUGACAGUUUAGAACAGGAUUUGAUAUCAUUCUUCAAGGAUUGGCCAGGGUCGGUUUAUGUAUCCAAGCCUAUAUCAAGUUUUGAAAGAAUGCUUCUCCAUGCCACAUGUCAAUACCUCAAUCUCUACUCGACAAGUUUUGGUGAUGGCAGCACUCGACAGACUCAUGUGGAGAACAAAAUGUCUACAUUCUCACCUCCCUCUGUGCUCCUCAGCAGUUACCUACAGAAAGGAAAAUUGUCAUGACAACUUAAUGCUGACUAUACUUGCAACUCUGUAUAAAUUGAAGUUCUCCACACCUGGGGCUGGGUUUUAUGUUAUUAUUAGAGAAUGAAUACAAAGUGUUGUUGAGGUUUAAGUUUUAAUCUGUGCAGUUUGAUAUACCUUCUGUUGGUAUGUUCUGUAUAAAAUUGGUUAUUGAAAUAAAUUGCAUAGUUGGGCAAACAAAUGUACUUAAAAAUCACACAUUUAGAAUUCCUUACGUUUGUUAGCAUUCAUCAAGAUGAUUUUUUAUUUUGAAAAACAUUCUAUGUUUGAAACAAUUUUAACAGUGUGUACAGUUGUCAGUGAAAAGGAUAUGUCUUUUAAUGUUGUAACAAGUUUUUAUGUCAAAAGUUAAACGGACUAUUUUAUUUACCAUGAUUCUGAAAAUCUGAUUUUAAAAACUUAUUUUAGAUGUGUCUAAAGAAGAAAAAUAUUUACAUCACAAAAAUGAAAGUAUUCAUGUGAUAUGUUUGCCUUUAUAACUUCAAACUUGUUGUAAAUUAAGAAUUUUAAAAAACCAUGAUUAUAUGCAAUACACAAAAAGUGCUCUAGAUACCAAGUAUGUUCUUUUUGAUAUUUUGAGUUUAUUUACAAACAUAAUAUACAUAUGUAUCGUACAUUUGUUGUAAAACUGAUGCGCUGCUUAGAAGAAUGGCCUGUAUAACGGUAAUAUCAUUAUUAUUGUUAACUGUGUUGGGAGAUUCAACAGUGUAUGAAAAUUUAUACAAACUAGUUUAUUUUUUAGGAGAAUUUUACAUUGUUUCAAUUUUUUAACUCCAAACUUCCAAGUGAAAUAUUCUGGUAAAAAAAAAAAGGCAGAACAUUUGUUUGUUUUAAGCUGUUGUUAUGUAGAUUCGACUCUUAGUGGUACUAUGGACACUGCCACAAUACAUGUUUUAUACAGUGUACUUUAAUGUUCUGUUUACCUUUGCUAAAAGACUAGCCAUACCUCAUUAUAUGACCUAUAUAUACCGAUACCUGUUAUGAAUAACAGAUACAUGUCAAUGAAAUCACACAGGUAAUGACAGUGAUAAUUUAUCAUUCCUGUCAGUUUUUAAUCCAAAUUUUACCAGCACUGAAAAAUUAACAUACAUUUAUCUUAUCAUGACAGUGUCAUAAUGAUAAAUAUUUAUAAGAAUUUUGCAGGUUCACUGCAUGUUAUCUCCCAGAUAUGAUGUUACAUAGGAAUAUCUUUCAAGAUUUGAGCAAAAGGAAAUAAGUUGUAAAUAAUUUCCUCAGCAUGAGAAAUCUGGUUCGAGUUAAUUAUUAUAUAAUUAUAAUUUUUAGUAGGUUAAACAUGCAUGUAGUGUUAGAGGAGUUAUCUCCCUAUAUCUGUUUUAAAGAUUGAUUAUGAUACUGCUUAUCUUAUGAAAGAAAACCAUUUGUUUGAACAAACUAUGAUGAAAAACAGUUCGUCAUAUGAAUUUUGUUAAAUAUUUUAUUAAAUUGAAUUGACCAAUAUUUUUAGUAGGCUGAUCUGUACUAAGAAACUGAUGUUGGUUGACCCACCUUCAUUUACAUUUCUACUCCUUUUUCAGUCAUGAAUUUGUUUUUGAAAUAUUCUACAUGGUUUAUGUAGGUUAGAAAUAUAAUUUAUGACAUUAAAUGUUAUUAAACCUUA